AUGGCGUGGGCUCUGAAAUUGCCCCUCACGGAUGAAGUGAUAGAGUCCGGAUUGGUCCAGGACUUCGAUGCGAGCCUGUCCGGCAUAGGGCAGGAGCUGGGCGCCGGGGCGUACAGUAUGAGCGACGUGCUUGCCCUCCCCAUCUUUAAACAGGAGGAAUCCAACCUUCCCCCGGACAACGAAAACAAGAUCCUUCCCUUUCAGUAUGUUCUGUGUGCAGCUACCUCACCAGCCAUUAAGCUGCAUGACGAAACACUCACCUACCUCAACCAAGGUCAGUCCUAUGAAAUCAGAAUGCUUGACAAUCGGAAAAUUGGGGAACUUCCUGAAAUCACCGCCAAAAUGGUGAAGAGCAUCAUCCGCGUGGUGUUCCAUGACCGGCGGCUGCAGUACACGGAGCACCAGCAGCUGGAGGGCUGGCGCUGGAACCGGCCCGGGGACCGCAUCCUCGACCUGGAUAUCCCCAUGUCAGUGGGCAUAAUCGACCCCAGGGCUAACCCCACUCAGCUUAACACUGUGGAGUUCCUUUGGGACCCCUCAAAGAGAACCUCUGUUUUUAUCCAGGUUCACUGCAUCAGCACGGAGUUCACCAUGCGCAAGCACGGGGGGGAGAAGGGCGUCCCUUUCCGCAUCCAGAUCGACACCUUUAAGGAGAACGAGAGCGGAGAGUACACAGAGCACCUUCACUCUGCCUCCUGCCAGGUCAAAGUCUUCAAGCCCAAAGGUGCAGACAGGAAACAGAAGACGGACCGGGAGAAGAUGGAGAAGAGGGCACCGCAGGAAAAGGAGAAGUACCAGCCCUCCUACGAAACCACGAUCCUGACAGAGUGCUCUCCCUGGCCCGAGGUCACGUACGUCAACAACUCUCCAUCUCCCGGCUUCAACAGCACACACAACAGCUUCCCAGUGGCCGAGGGAAACGGAUCACCAAGCCACCAGCCUGAGCCUGUUGUUCAGGUUGCAGACAAUUUGUUAGCCACCUCAACGCCGCAGGAAGCACAGCAGUGGCUGCAUAGAAACCGCUUCUCGCCAUACUGUCGUCUCUUCACCAAUUUCUCAGGGGCAGACCUGCUGAAGCUGACCAGGGAGGACGUUAUUCAGAUCUGUGGGCCGGCUGAUGGUAUCCGGCUCUUCAAUGCACUAAAGGGACGGGUGGUUCGCCCAAGGCUGACCAUCUACGUUUGCCAGGAGUCUCAGCACGCUCGGGAGCAGCAACCAAAACAUGAAAACGGAGACGCUGCCGCCAGCACUUUCUAUGUGUAUCACGCCAUUUACCUGGAGGAACUCACCGCCGUCGAGCUGACGGAGAAGCUGGCCCAACUUUUCAACAUCUCGCCCAGGCAGAUCCAUCAGAUCUUUAAACAGGGCCCCACUGGAAUCCACGUGCUGGUCAGCGACGAGAUGAUCCAGAACUUUCAGGAUGAAGUAUGUUUUGUUUUGGACACAAUGAAAGAUGACACAAGUGAUGGCUACCACAUCAUUUUGAAAUGA